CCACAAAAUAUUAUCUAAAUCAAAACAUUUCAAAAGAAAUGGCACAACAAAUAUUCUACACUCUCUUUCUAUUCCUCUUAUCCACGACGAUGCUCACGGCAUCCUCCGCCCCCGUAGCCGCGAUAACUUCAAAGCGUGCUAUAAACUUCAUACAAGCCUCUUGCAAAGCCACAACAUACCCAACCGUAUGCGUCAACACUCUCACUGGUUACGCCAACUCCAUCCAAACAAGCCCUCGACGUCUAGCCGAGACCGCACUCAAUGUGACCGUGACCCAAGCCCAGUCCACUAAGGUCUUCGUAUGGCGCUUGGGGCGUUUCAAGACUCUUAAUAAACGAGAGAUUCAAGCCGUUAAGGACUGCAUCGAGGAGAUUCAUGAUGCUGUUGACCGUUUAACCAAGUCGAUCCAUGAAGUGAAGAUGUGUGGUAGUGCUAAAGGUCGUGACCAGUUUUGGUUCCACAUGAGCAAUGCUCAAACGUGGACCAGCGCUGCUUUGACUAAUGCAAACACUUGCUCCGAUGGAUUUGCGGGUCGGGUCAUGGAUGGGCGGAUCAAGAACUCGGUCCGGGCACGGAUCUUGAAUUUGGGAAGAGGAACUAGCAACGCUUUAGCAUUGAUCAAUGCUUUUGCUAAAAAAUACUAAAUAAUUAAUACAUUUUCUUUUUGUUAUUAAUUAUGUAAUUUGAGCUACGAAAAUGUUUCAUGCAAAUCCGAUGUAUUUCUGGAUAAAUUUUGAUUUUAAUGAAUUUACAACGUUGUU